AUUUAUUCGAAUAAUAAAAAUAAUAGGUAAAUAGUUGUGUAUUGAAAUCUACUUAAAUUUGAAGAUGAUGAACCCUUUUGAAAUAGUGGUGGGAACGUACGAGCAAUAUUUGCUCGGUUACAAAGUAGAUAAUAUCGUUAAUGAAUACAAAAUGGAAAGAACAUUUGCAACUCAUAAUCAUACGAGUAGUGUGCGCUCUGUCGCAAACAAUAAAUAUUACUUAGCUUCUGGUGGAGCAGAUGAUUCUAUUUAUUUAUACGAUAUGCGAUACAGAAUAGAAUCUGGUAGAUUAAUGCAUCAUAACGAUACCGUUAAUUGCAUAGCGUUUACCCCAGAAGCAUCUCAUCUUUUUACAUGUAGCAACGAUGGAACUAUAGCUGCCAUUAGAUGCGGUAAUUGGCAAAUGGAAAAACAUUGGCAGAAAGCUCAUAAAGGUUUAGGUGUAAACACUUUAGCUAUUCAUCCGACAGGAAAAAUAGCACUCUCUACAGGAGCCGAUGGUAUACUUAGAACAUGGAACUUGGUUAAGGGAAGACAAGCGUACGCGACAAAUUUAGUACCAAGGUUAAAGUUGGAUGCUAAAAAUGUUAAUAUUCUCAAGUGGAGUCCAAACGGGGAGAAGUAUUUACUUGCCGUUAAUCAAAGGAUAGACGUAUACUCGGUCGAGUUGGCAGGAAUCGAUAGCGAAAUCAAGUUUGACGCAAAGAUAAUUUGCGUGGAAUUUUUAAGGGAUGAUUUGAUCGCGGUUGGUCUGGAAAAUGGUCAGAUAAAGUUUUACGAUCUUGAGAAGUCUGUACAAACUCUGAAAGCUUUAGCGCACGAUUCUCGAGUUAAAUGUAUGGCUUUUAUGGACGAUUUAUUAGUUACCGCUUCUAGUUCCGGCGAAAUUAAGCUUUGGAGAUAUAGUAAACAUAAAUUGCAUAUGCUGAAAAAUGUUAAUUGCGGUGCCAGAAUUACUUGUCUGUCUCUCGCAAUGCCGUAUAAAAAUUUCCUAUACAAUAAGAAUAAAGUUAAACUGGAUGAGGAAGAAGAGGAAGAGGAAAAGGAAGAGGAAGAGGAAGAGGAAGAGGAAGAGAAAGAAGAAGAGGUACUGAGAAAAAAUAGAUUUAAGCUUCGUCAAGAAGUUAUUAUCGAAAAGGAGGGUGAUUGGGAAGUAAGGUCGAUCGAUGCUUCUCCAAAGAAAUUUAUAGAGCAGAAGUGUAAAAAAAAGAGAGGCAUAGAAGAAGUACAAGAGUCAAACGUUCGAGAGAAAAAGAAGAAGAAGAAAUCGAUCGUAAAAAAGAAUAAAAGAGAAGACGAUGUAGUAAUAACCGAUGAUAUUCCCAAAAAGAGAACCAAGUUAUCGAAUAUAAACGAUGAAAACGUUAUUUUGAAUAAAAAAAGAAAGAAGCACUUGAUGCCAAUAGAAGAAAAUAAUAAUAAUAUAGCCAUAAAGAAAGUUAAGAGAGUAAAGAAAAGUGUUUUAGACUCGGAAAGUAACGUCACCGACGUUCUUCUAAAGAAAAGAAAAAAGGAAACGAGUAUGAAAGAGAGUGGAAUGGGUUUAAAGAAAAAGAAGAAAAAACAAUGAAUGAACAUCGAAUUGAUUUGCAAAAUUAUAUUCGCAUUCUGUUCAACAUUUAUGGGACGUAAAAUUUAGUAAAAAAAAUUGUCACGUUAAGUUCCACGUUAGUUCCUACAAAUAAGUCUGUUUUUAAAACUUUACGAUCAAUAUAUGUUUUAUUGUGUAUAUGUAUAUUACAGAGCGUACAGAAAUGAGACAAUGAUUUUGGUCAUUUUAACGUUUUGUGCGGAGGAUUUGCAAUGUGCACUGGGAACGAUGCUUGUUCAGUUACCACAAAAUACACUUGUCAGGUGGAUUCAUUGGACUUCCGGUCGGACAAUUCCAUGCUUUAGCGAAAUCUUGGUUAUUCGAUAAAGUUCCGAUCACUCUAAAAUGAUUUGGUGCGUGGACUCCUUCUGUUAGUUUCAACUUUAACGCGCCGUUCGUAUAAUUACCGCACCAUACCUAUACAACAAAUACGUUAACUUUAUACUUGACAAGAAAUUAUUAGAAUAUACAUAAUAUAAUUAAUGUAUUACGUUAAGUUAACAGUAGAAACAACUUGAAGGUCUUUUUGUUACGUUUUCAGUGGAAUCUUGAAUUAUUGCAAUAAGCGAAAAUAAACGUUUGUUCAAUAAACGUUUUAUUGAAAGAAAGAA